GUUUUUAUAAAAAUUGACAUAUAAAUCAAAUCUUAUUUUUUUUAUCUAAGAUAAAAAUAAUUUAAAAUAGAAUAAAUAGAUUUAAAAUAAUGGGACAACUUUUACCUAAAUCUAAAAGCAAAACAGAUUUUUAUAAUGAUAUGGUCAUCCAUCUUUAUAAAUUGGACGAUAUUUAAAUGACUUUACCUUCAAAGCUUAUUGCAAAAUAACUUUAACAAAAAUAUGAUAUUUCUGAUUCUGAGUUUAUGGGUAUUGAGGGAGUUUAAGGACUAACAAAAGCUUUGAAAAAGUGUACUAAUUUGAAAAUUCUAAAAUUGCAGAUUCCUACUUGCCAUAAUAUAGGAGCACAAGGAGCUAGUUAGCUAGGAUAAGCAUUUUAAUAUCUGUUAAACAUUUAAUAAUUACAAAUUGACAUUUAAGCUGCAAAUAGAAUAUCAGAUUAAGGGAUUUAAGACUUGAUUAAGCCAAUCAUUCUAUUGGAAAAAUUAUAAGAGUUAGACUUAAAUAUUCAAGGGGUAAAUGAAAUAACAGAUAUUGGAAUUCAUAGUAUUUGUGAAACUUUGAAUUAGAUGAAAAACAUUUAAAUUCUAACCUUUUAAUUAGAUGAACCAAAUUAGGUUUCAUAGAAAGGUUUUAAAUAAAUCAUUGAAACCAUUUCAAAUCUAAAAAAUCUAGAAAAACUUGGACUAUCAAUAAGUUAAUAAUUAGGUUUAAUUGAAUUUGAAUAUAUAGAAAAAUUUUACAAAAACAAUACUUAAAAAAAAUUAUAAUAACUUAAUUUAUAACUUAAUUCAAAUUUAGAAAACGAUUGCAUUUCAAUUUUGAUUAAAAAUUGUCCUGAAAUUAAAACCUUAAAUUUAAAUCUCUACUCAAAUACAACAUGGCUAAAUUAAAAAUCAGCACUUAGAUUCAAUUAGAAUAUUUAAUCGUUUACUGAUGUAUUAGAAAAACUUACUUUGAACUUCUCUAAUUAUUAAAAAACAUCAAUAGAAUUUAUAGAAGAGAUUAUGAGAUAUGUAUGCCAAUGCAAAAAUUUGAAAACAUUAGAGCUUUACUUUAGGAUAUUAUUAAUGGAGUAAAGACUAGAAUUUUUUAAAAAUAUUAAGAAUCUUUAGAAUUUAAAAACAUUAAAAGUUGUCAAUUUUUUAGAAAAUUUUCAUAAAUACUAUGAAAUAUUUCAUGCAAAGAGUCUUGUGAGAUAUGACAUUAAAUGAUAAGAUAAAAAAUAAUUUAAAGAAUUUUGUAGAUAAUAAUUUGCUAAAA